CAAAUCUAAAACAGAAACGUCUUUUAUCGACGCGUCAUAGGUUAUCGCAAAAAAAGUGGCUUUGGAGUGAAAUGCGAGUUUAAUAUAAGUACGGUAUAGCCGUGGAAGCACACGCAUUUUACACUCAUUCCCACUUGAGCUUUAUGAACCUAAAGGUCUGUCACCCAAAAUGGAGAAUAAAGACACAGCAAUGGCUUUGAUUAGAUAUUAUUGCAAUGAAAAAUACUUCAAUCAUGUUGCGGAUGCCACAGCAACUGCACAGAAAAAAUUUCGAAAUGAGCCUGUCUUCGGUGUCUUUCGUGCCUACGGCACUUUAAUGCAAGGUCAAGUUCAGCAAGCUGUAGCCGAGCUGGACGCGAUAAAGGAUAGAUCAGAUGUCUCACUCUGCUCUCUAAUGGCACUCGUUUACGCUGAGAAAAAAAAGACGGCGCCAGACAGGGAUGUUAUUCGGGAGCUUGAAACUAAAAUCAGGGAGGAUCGGAAAUGUACAUCUCCCCAGGGUCUCUACUUUGCUGGCUUGUUUCUUUGGCUAUUGGGACGAAAUGAAAAAGCGAGGGAAUACACAGAGCGAAUGAUCAAACUCUCUAGUGGCUCGAAAGAGGGGAUAAUCCUGAAAGCAUGGAUAGAUGUGACAUGUGGGAAAGAUGACUACGCCCAAAAGGCUGGAAAAUACUUUGACGAAGGACUGAAGGACAGAUCAGAUGCUUUUGCUCUGAUGGGAAAGGCACAAUACUUUGAAUAUUGUCAAAACUACACGGGAGCAUUAGAUGUGGUGAACAAGGUCAUUGCCAGUUUCCCUGGGUUCUUGCCUGCUCUUAUUAAGAAGAUGACACUUUUUUUAAACCUCCAAGACUGGGAGCAGACUACAGAGACAGCAAUAAGAGUUCUACAAACAGAUACAAACAACCUGGAUGCUCUACAUAUCCUAACUCUGCAUUCAUUAUGUAUCAAUGGAGAUAUUACUGAGUCAACAAAGCAUCUUUCCAACCUCAUAAAAAGUCUGGACGUCCAAGAACCACACAACCCCGACCUUGCUUACAGGAUGUCUCUAGUAUUCAGUCGCAUUUGCGGAAGGAAUGCAAAGGUGCUUGAGCAGGUAUUCAAAAUGGUGGAAAAAGCCUUCUAUGUGACACAAGAAAGCUCCGAUUUAGCAGCAGAGUUGGGCUAUAUUAUGGUUCUUCAGGAUAAAAUCAAAGAGGCCAAGAAGUGGUAUAAGAAAGCCAUGACUUUGGAUGAGAUGAGCCUCACUGCACUCACUGGUAUAAUUUGGUGCCAGCUGAUCGAGGGCUGCCUAGAAGAAGCUGAGAAAGAUUUGGAAUUUCUGACAGAAAUUCAACAAACCACUGGAAAAUCAGGGGAAAUCCUUUACCUGCUUGCGCUUGUGGCAAUUAAAAAGUGCCAUCCCCAAGAAGAGGUAACCAAGCUUCUAAAAGAAGCUGUCGAAACACACUUCUCUACUGUCCAUGGUCUCCCAUUGGGUGUGCAGUACUUUCAGAAGCUGAACCUUGAAUUCCUCUUACAAAUUGUAAAGGAGUAUCUUUCUUUGUGCCCUACUAAGCCUUCAAUUCAGGGCCAGUCUCCUGUUCCUCAGCUUAGGCACUGUGCUACCUUGUUGGAAGCAGUGGUCAAGAUUGCACCAGGCCUCCUUCAAGGAGUCUUCCUGCAGGCCAAAGUCAGGUAUCAGUCGGGCGAUCUUGAUGCCGCUCAGAGCAGUCUACAACACUGCCUCGAACAGUGUCCUUCCCAUACGGAUGCUCAUCUGCUUAUGGCACAGAUUCAUUUGCUGCGCGGUAAUUUCACUUUGUGUUUCCAGUCGCUUGAACUCUGCCUCAGCCAUAACUUUGAGGUUAGAGAACAUCCUUUGUACCUCCUGAUCAAGGCCCAAGCAAAGAAGAAAAUGGGCAAGCUGGCUGAAGCAACUCAGAUAUUGCAAAUGGCAAUGAGUCUUCCUGGGGUCUGUCGGGCUGGAUCAUCAGCUAAGUCCAAAUACAAAAAGAUCGAACUCAAUUCUGCUGACUGUGUCUCUGUUUUCCUGGAAUUAGCUGAGGCUUUGAGGCUCAGUGAUAAACAGCAAGAAGCAGCCAAGGUAAUGCAGGAGGCCAUCAAUAAAUUCGCAGGCACUCCUGAGGAGCUUCGAGUCACCAUCGCCAAUGUAGAGCUAGCUCUGUUACAUGGUGACACAGACUUGGCACUAAAUAUGCUCAGAAACAUUACGCAUGAGCAGCCCUACUACAUACAAGCAAAGGAGAAAAUGGCAGACAUUUACUUAAACCACAAAAAGGAUAAGCGUCUGUAUGUAAGCUGUUACAGGGAAAUAGUGGACAAGUUACCCACUCCUCACACAUAUGUCUUACUCGGGGAAGCUUACAUGCAGAUCUUAGAGUUGCACCAUCAGCCAGAGAAAGCCAUUGAGGUCUAUGAGCAUGCUCUGAAGAAAACACCGGAAGAUGGCGCUCUUGUCAGCAAGUUUGGCAAGUUUCUGGUCAAGACCCACUACUUUGAUGAGGCAUUACAUUAUUACGAAGCUGCACUGAAGACCGGACAACAGAACUUCCUGCGCUAUGACCUGGCUGAGUUGCUGAUGAGGAUGAAGGAGUAUGAGCGCUGUGAGAGUGUUCUGCAUGAUGCUCUCUCCCAAAAGCCAGAGAAUGGACUAUGUGCACUGGCAGAUAAUUGCCGUUAUCUGAUGCUGUUGGCAAAGGUCCAAAAUAGGCUUGACAAAGCAGAAGAAGCCUUAACAUCCCUACAAAGGGCACGGGAUAUACAGGCCAGAGUGCUGAAACGGGUGCAAGUGGAGCAGCCUGACAACUUUGACUUCCAGAAACAGCUGGCUGCCAAGAUCUGCAGUGAGAUCGCUCAACACUACACGAGCCAGAGGGUUUACGAUGGAGCAAUCGAGUCCUACAAAGAAUCUCUUAUGCAUUGUGAGACUGAUCACAAGGUGAUGCUGGAGUUGGCACAGAUAUUCCUUACACUGGAUGACAUUGACACAUGCCAGGAACAAUGUGGUGUCGUCUUGAAGAUCGACAAGUUUAAUAAGGAUGCAAUUCUGAUGCUGGCUAAUCUUAUGUUGAGGAAACAAGAUGAUGAACAAGCAGAUUUCCAUUGUCAGCAACUUUUGGAGAGCAAGCCAGAGAACUUCUCAAUUGUGUCACGUCUCAUUGAUUUGCUGAGGAAGGCAGGAAAGUUGGAAGAGAUGCCCAGAUUUUUUGAGAGGGUAGACAAACAAUCCACCUUUAUUAAAUUUGACCCUGGGUUUAACUACUGCAAAGGACUUUAUUUUUGGUACACAGGAGACACUAAUGCAGCUCUGCAUCACUUCAACCAGGCCAGAAAAGACACCAAGUGGGGUCAGAAUGCUGUCCAUAAAAUGACUGAAAUCUACCUAAAUCUCAACAAUGACUUGAUGGGAGUCGAAUUAUGCAACUUAGAUUUUACAGCUGGGAACCCUACAGAGAAGCUGGAGAUGGAGAGGGUUGCUGUGACAACAGCACAUCAGCUUUUGAAGGAGAUAAAGCCAGAAACACCUGGAGGACACUUAAAGUUCCGGAUCCUGGAGAACUAUUGCUUAAUGGCUACAAAACAGAAGGUCAAUAUAGAAAAAGCCCUCUCUGUUUUCACGGAUAUCUUAACUAAUGUGCAAGAUUACCUGCCAGCACUGUUGGGCAUUGCAAUGGUUUUCAUGAUGCUGAAGCAAACUCCUCAAGCCAGGAACCAACUGAAACAUAUAGCAAAGAUGACCUGGAAUAUUGUUGACGCAGACGAGUUUGAGAAGAGUUGGCUGCUCCUAGCAAACAUCUACAUCCAUUCAGGGAAGUAUGACUUAGCAGAUGAUCUCCUAAAGAGGUGCCUCAACCACAACAAGUCAUGCUGUAAAGCUUAUGAGUAUCGGGGAUUCAUCAUGGAAAAAGAGCAGGCAUUUCGUGACGCAGCAUUCAACUAUAAACUGGCAUGGAAAUAUGGAAAUCAAUUCAACCCAACUGUUGGAUACAAACUUGCUUUAAACUACUUAAAAGCAAAACAGAAUUUUGAUGCCAUAGAUGUGUGCCAUAAGGUGCUUGCUACUCAUCCAAAUUUUUCACAAAUUAGAAAGGACAUCUUGGACAAAGCUUGCGCUGCUGUGAGGGCGUAGGAGUUGGGCUGCAAGGACAAGUAGUUCAUUUCGACUUCAACGUAGUUAUUGUACAGUCUUUGUUGAGUAAGCAGUUCAGUGGGAGUCAAAUAUUAUGCAAUACUUUGGCUCAAAGUUUAAUGUAAGUUGAACUCUCUUAUUUAUCACAUCACAUUACUGUAAAUUGUUUGCAUGGUAAUGCGUUUCUGUAGUAAUACUAAUUUGAAUCAAUACAUGGUUGAGUGCUAGGUGGAUGUUAGUUUGCUAAUAGCUUAACAUGCUACUGAAAGUGCUUGCAAUGUAAUAGUUUGCCUGUAAUGUAAAUGCACCUCCUUGGUGUUGCACACAAUAAUACAGCUCAAACAAUACAUACCUUACCAUUAUCACCUUUUAUAAGAAGCUAUAGUUCAUUGAAUGUGUGUUGAAUUACAGUAACAAUUGGCUUCCAUUACUUUUGUGCAUUAUUGACAUGAGUACGACUGACUUGUGUGCGAAACAGUAAGAUCUUGGUCAGGUCCUCCCAUUGUGAAGCAGAGGUUUGCAUUAGCUGGCGUCCCACCUGGCGAUACUCGCUUGCUUUUCCCAUUUCCUCUUUCUUCUCCGUCUAGAGGAAGUUGGUGUUAACUUGAGCUAUUCACCACCGCCGUAAAAUCACAAUUAUUGACAGCUUCCUAUGGGAGAAGAACCUGUCGAAGUGCUACUCAAUGAGAUCUGCCAUUUUUGGUAUUUGUACAAUUUCAAACUGAUCAUGUAUGUUGGAGGGAGCAUUUUUAUAAUGCUCCAAAAUUAAUCAAAGGGCCACACAGGGUGUGGGUGUUUUGAGCUACACUAACAAAAUUAAUGCUAUAAAUUCAAAACACUCUAAAACCAGAUGCACUCAAUGCGUUGAUCCAUCGCGAAUGUAGUAUUGGUAAAUCACAUGACAUUGCGUGACAUAAAAACAGUAUAGAGGUUAAAUUAAUGUAUGUAUCAGGCUUUAUAUGUGAGUGCUUUUUGUGUAAUCUAAAGUACAGAGCAAACUAUAACGUUUGUGCGUUAUUACCGGCCAAAGCAUCUUUGCAUUGUUUAACCGUGGAAUUAUAUUUCCAUCCAGCCAUUAUGUAACAUCAUGCAUUGACUGAUAAGUUUGAACUGUUGGUUUACAGCGUUGAUUCAAUAGUGGGAGCAGCAUGUAUCCAGCACGAGUACAACUGUUCCAGGAGAGACCUUUCCAGGCCGUGUCAGAUAUUAUUUAGCCACUAACUGUGGCACAAAAUCGUUAACUCUCAGCAGCACACAUCAAUGGGAGCGUAAAUCACAGAGCUGUCGAGGUGAGGCGGCUGUCUGUAUCCUGUAGCGCACAACGGAAUUCACAGACACGAUUAGAUACUGUCGCAAGCCAUUCAAGAGAAGUAGCUAAUGUCAAUCACAUAAGCAAAUUAGCAUUAACUGUGGAGAGAGUAGUUACAUGAUUGAGGUGUUGUAGAUCGCAAAAAGUCAUAAAUAUUGCAUGGGCAGCUGCACUUAGAAAGAAUGCUUCUGAAAACCUUUUAGAGGAAAGACUGUGGAAUAUGCAUGCCCUGGCUUAUGCUACCGUAGCAUUCUAAUGGCCAUCUCCAUUGUGGUUUCUGUGAGCCAUUAUUGAUCAAGUCAUACUUGAGUCAUACUCAGUGAUGCAGUGUUUUACUAAUGAACGCUUUCAUUUGUCGUUUUUCAACUUGUGGCGUGAUUGGUGCAAUUUUCUGAUACAUCUAUGUUUAAAACUGGACAAGGGCCUGCUUGUGACUCUUAAGAGGGAUUGGUUCAAUUGAAACUGCAAUUUAGUGGUUGACAGAGAGAGCAUGUGUGUCACUCGGACAUGGGGGAGGUUAGGAGGAACUCACCACAACCUAAUCUAAUGGAAUCGUCUUCCCAUUGUAGGCAAAUAAAAUUAGAGCUCUUCUGGGUUGCAUUCUCAGAUUUCUCAGUUUUUUUUUUAAUUUACUCUGGUUCUCCUUCGAAGCUCGUGGCAAGAUCCAAAUCCAAACUGACAUUCUUUCUCGUAGCAGUUCCAACAUUCUGCCAUAUUGCAGUCCACCACAGGAUAGUUGACACUUGACAGGUUAAUCAGUUGUAUGCUUGUGUGUUAUUCACUUUCUGGAGAGUGGGAGGGUGUGAAAUUAUGCAUUAUUACAUGUUUGCAAGUGCCCUUUAAAAUUUUGAAACAAUGUGGAUUGGCUCAGCUAUGCAGGCAACGAUAACAAUCCUGUGUGAGACAGGAAAGUCGAAACAAUCAAUAAUUGGUCACGAUCCUUUCGUGCACUGUACUCAGGGUUGUCACAAGCAGUAAAAAGGAUUUCGGACUGUAAUAAAUAUUUUGACGAUGAUUAAUAAUUAAUAAAAUACUCAACCCACUUAAGACCCUAAUUGUUUCCGGCAGAAACCACAGAGUACACUCAUAAACCAGACUAGAGCUCAUUCAAGAGAGUUUAUCUGAUACCUAAAAGAUAUUAAAUUCAAGUAUGAAAAAAUCUCAGAAAUGUGAUCUGUUUGCAAAUAAAGUGAUUAUGAUCGUUAAAAUGGUCCAUAGCUGGAGUUUUGUAGAAACAGGUAAUAGUUUGUUUUCUGAAGGAAUACAAAUAUCGACUAUUGUUUUAUAAUGCUUAUUUUAUUUAUAAGCGAAAUAGUAAUUAAGUGGACAUAAAAGAAAAAGUAGAUUACUGCAUGUUACACUUAGUUUUUCAACAAUAAGCGUUUUUAUGAUCAAUAACAAUGAUUCAUUGAGGUACGAGUGACCUGCACUAUCAGAAAUUGUCCUGUAAAAAUAGUGACAGCUGUGUAUUUUUUUUACAGUUUUUCUACUCUUUUGAACUAAACAGUAUGUUACUGUAAUUGCUCGUUUCAUUAAAUUUGUGUUUCACUGUAUUUUCUUAGUUUACAGUAAAAUACUGGCACCAGCAGUCCCAGCAUUUUACUAUUUUACAGUUCAGUUCAGUUUUGUCAUGAUCUGUGUUUUUGUUGACUUCAUUUUUAUUAGAUUUUUUUUUGUCUCGUUUAAUUAAGUUUUCCAUUCACUUUCAUGUCUGUUUGCUUGUUUUCUUUUUUGUUGUUGUUGUCUCCACCUGUUCUCAUCAACCCUCUACUUUGUAUUAACUAAUCAAUGCCCUCCAGCCACUUCUAUUUCUAUCUUGUUUUGGCUGUUUGAGAUUAUUAUUAUUUUUAUUAUUAUUAUUUUACUACUACAACUACCACAUAUCCAUCCAUUUUCUGAGCCACUUACUUUCACAAGGGUUGCGGGAGUGCUGGAGCCUAUCCUGGCUGUAAUCGGGCAGGAGGUGGGGUGCACCCUAAACUGGUUGCCAGCCAAUUGCAGGGCACAUAAAGACAAACAGCCGCACUCACAAUCAUACAUUGGGGCAAUUUAGAGUGUCCAAUUAAUGUUGCAUGUUUUUUUUGGGGGGGAUGUGGGAGGAAACCGGAGUACCUGGAGAAAACCCACGCAGGCACAGGGAGAAAAUGUAAAUUCCAUACAGGCGGGGGCCGGGAUUCGAACCCCGGUCAUCAGAACUGUGAGGCCAAUGCUCUUACUAGUUGCUUCACCGUUCCACCUAUUAUAAAUAUGUUUUCUUAAAAUAAUUUUCAAAAUUAUGUUUGUAUGUAUGAACCUGUGAUCUAAGCACUGUAUGGUACCAGUUUACUAAAGUCAACUCCACAAUAAGGAGUUGUUGAAGUAUUAUUUAUCAAAAAAGAGGCUUCAAGCUGUUUAAUGUCAAUCAUAGUUGAAAGUAGUAGUCAAAGAAUUACUAUCAGUCUCCAUAAAGUUCGAGACACCAGAAGGAGCAGCACAAAGAAUUGCAUUGUGGCAAUAAUCAUGGUGCAUACACUUUUAAAAUCUUUACAUUCUCUGUAUUAUGUUAUUACUCAUAAAGUACAAAUAUUAUAGUGCAAAUUUUCCUCAUUAAAAACCGCAGAUGGUUUUUGUGUAUUUGAAA